AUGCAUGCAGGGGAAGCCCUCUGCUUCGAAGUGGAGAAGAUUCUGUUUCAAGCCAAAUCCAAGUACCAACACAUUCUGGUUUUUCAGUCAGCUUCGUAUGGGAAGGUGGUAAUGCUAGAUGGGUCUCUCCAGCUGACUGAAAAGGACGAGUUUGCGUACCAAGAACUCAUAACCCAUCUUCCCCUCUGCUCCAUCCCUAAUCCCAAAAAGGUGUUGCUGAUUGGAGGGGGAGAUGGUGGCAUUCUCGCGGAAGCUUCUCGUCAUUCCUCUCUGGAGAGGAUCGACAUCUGCGAAAUAGAUCACCUCGUCAUUGAUGUUUACAAACGUUUCUUCCCCGAGAUAGCCAUCGGAUACAAUGACCCACGAGUUCGAGUGCAUAUGGGCGACGGAAUCGAGUUCCUGAAAGUUGUUCCAGGAGGCACAUAUGACGCCAUCAUAUUGGACGCCUUCACCAACAUGGGGCCUAAUGGAGAUGUGGUGGAGGACGAAUCCUUCUUAAGGACAGUAGCAAAUGCUCUUAGGCCAGGCGGAGUAAUGUGUUGCCCGGCAGACAGCUUGUGGAGCACCGGAUUUUCGUUGCCAAAUGUCGUCGCUAAAUGCCGCAAAGUCUUCAAGGGCUCUGUCAAUUAUGCUUGGAGCUCCGUCCCGUCAUAUUCCAGUGGAAUGAUUGGGUAUAUGCUUUGCUCCAAGGAAGGGCCGUCGGUUGAUUUCAAGCAUCCGAUUAAUCCUUUAAAUCCAGAGCAUUUGGGUGUGGCUAAAGGUCCCCCAAGGUUCUACACCUCUGAGGUACAUGCUGCUGCCUUCUGUUUGCCGUCUUUUGCCCAUGGAAGGACAUAAAAUUCACGAGUACAAAUAACUCAAGGACGUGCAUCUCUCAUUUUCAAUUGUUUUCUUUUCUCAGAUUAUUUGUAUGUCAUAGAAUAUAAUAUAGCAAAUUUACAAGUAAUUAUAAUAGACAAUUACAUUGUCAUGACAAGUAUAGAUUGGCACCUGCA